AAUGAUGCAGCUGCGGUGUGCGCAUGCGCCGAGUCCGUCACGACUCUGCCGCCGCUGCAGGUGUGAACAUGGCGAUGAAGGCGCUCCGAGGGAUGAUGAACGGGGCGAUGAGCGAGCUGUCGUCCGCCGUCAGCGGCAGCAGGCCGCCGGCCGCCGCUCCGACCGCCGCCGCCUCCCGGGAACACGUGAUGGCCGUGAAGAGGGACUAUAUCUCCCAGCCGCGCCUCACCUAUAAAACCGUGUCUGGAGUCAACGGCCCGCUGGUGAUUCUGGACCAGGUGAAGUUCCCCAGGUAUGCAGAGAUCGUCCACCUCACGCUGCCUGAUGGUACCAAGAGGAGCGGGCAGGUUCUGGAGGUCACGGGCUCCAAAGCGGUGGUUCAGGUGUUUGAGGGAACAUCAGGCAUCGACGCCAAGAAGACGAGCUGUGAGUUUACGGGAGACAUCUUACGGACGCCCGUCUCAGAGGACAUGCUGGGUCGUGUGUUUAAUGGUUCUGGUAAACCCAUCGACAGAGGACCAGCAGUCCUGGCUGAAGACUUCCUGGACAUCAUGGGUCAGCCUAUAAACCCUCAGUGUCGGAUCUACCCCGAGGAGAUGAUCCAGACCGGGAUAUCAGCCAUCGACGGCAUGAACAGCAUCGCCCGAGGGCAGAAAAUACCCAUCUUCUCUGCUGCAGGGCUGCCACACAACGAGAUCGCAGCUCAGAUCUGUCGGCAGGCCGGUCUGGUGAAGAAGUCGAAGGACGUGAUGGACUACAGCGAGGACAACUUCGCCAUCGUGUUCGCAGCCAUGGGGGUGAACAUGGAGACGGCCCGGUUCUUCAAGUCUGACUUUGAGGAGAACGGUUCCAUGGACAACGUGUGCUUGUUCCUGAACCUGGCCAACGACCCCACCAUCGAGCGAAUCAUCACGCCUCGUUUGGCUCUGACAUCAGCGGAGUAUCUGGCCUAUCAGUGCGAGAAGCACGUGCUCGUCAUCCUCACUGAUAUGAGCUCCUACGCGGAGGCUCUCCGAGAGGUGUCGGCAGCCAGAGAGGAGGUGCCGGGCCGCCGCGGUUUCCCUGGUUACAUGUACACCGACCUGGCGACCAUCUACGAGAGGGCGGGCCGAGUGGAGGGACGUAACGGCUCCAUCACUCAGAUCCCCAUCCUCACCAUGCCCAACGACGACAUCACGCAUCCUAUUCCUGACCUGACGGGUUACAUCACCGAGGGACAAAUCUACGUGGACAGACAGCUGCACAACAGACAGAUUUAUCCUCCGAUCAACGUGCUGCCGUCUCUCUCUCGUCUGAUGAAGUCUGCCAUCGGCGAGGGGAUGACCCGCAGAGACCACUCUGAUGUGUCCAACCAGCUCUACGCCUGUUACGCCAUCGGGAAGGACGUCCAGGCCAUGAAGGCGGUGGUGGGGGAGGAGGCGCUGACGGCUGAUGACCUGCUGUAUCUGGAGUUCCUGACCAAGUUUGAGAAAAACUUCAUCUCCCAAGGUGCCUACGAGAACAGAAGCGUGUUCGAGACUCUGGACAUCGGAUGGCAGCUGAUGAGGAUCUUCCCCAAAGAGAUGCUGAAGAGGAUCCCUCAGAGCACCUUGGCCGAGUUUUACCCCCGAGAAGCCAAACAUUAAGCACACGCGCUCCAUCUGUGUCUCUGCCAGCCGCCUCCAUGUGUCCCAGCUCACUGUGUACAUACAGUAAAGUGUUGUGCCGUCACAUUAUGAUGUGAUGCUGUCACCGUCCUGACACUCGUGACAUUCAUGUGGCCUUGAAUGAAAUCGCACUAAUCCUGCUCAAACAGCCAGAAACACGGAGGGGAAGAUAUCAGACGUACGCAGAGGUUUGUGUUUACAGUGUGAGUGUAGAGAUGAAGAGGAGGGAGGAUGUGUGUGUGUGUGUGUGUGACGGUGAUGAUGGUGUGAUGACAGUGUGAUGAUUGUGUCCUGCCUCUAAUUACCAAAGGAAACGACACGCAGACAGCCAAAAAGCUUCAAAGCAUUUUUAAAGUCACAGCGAACGACCAGGAAAUAAUUCAUUCAUUCCUCCGUUUGCACUCGAGGUGAAAAUGAGUCAUGUUGAAGGAAAAAAGGUCGACAGUUUUUGAAACGUUCUGAUUUUAUUUCUGGUGUUUCGUCUCUAAACCUCCACAAAACAACAAACUGUCAUUUUUACACUUCGUUUUUUUAAAUAUACUAAAAAGAAACGAGAGCUCGGUUCACAUCUGGCAUCAACAUCCAUCCUGAGUGACCCGAUCGCAGGAGGACGGUUCUGAGUUCAGGUGUGAACGGACCCAAAGACACGCUGAGCUGACGAGCUUCCACGUGUGAUCGGAUCGCUCAGAGCGGAUGUUAAAAACCAAAUGUGAACAUCUUCACCGUGUCCCAGCUUCAGGCGAGUGUCUGAUGUUGGACUCUUUCUGUCCACUCUGGAUCUGUUAAGCCUUCAGCUGGAGGUCCGAUCGUAGACGGAACCACAGAAGCUCUCGGUGGUUGAGUUUGUUGUUCCUGUUCAGCACCAGUGACGGGAGGAAAGCCUGUUGGGACCCGGUGUUGAAUGUUACCUGUGGACGGAGCCAGGGAAGCUGUUUAGUCUUUAUGCUAAGCUAAGCUAAGCUAAUCAGUUGCUAACUCCAGCUACCAUCUUGAAUAUUAAGAUUGAUUCCUGAAUACUGUGGAGCAUAUUUCCCAAAAUGGCAAACUUUUCCUUCACCAUGUUGAGUUUCUGAGUUCUGAGGACGAUUUUAUGAGCAAAGAAGAAGAAAAACUAUCUAACCAACAUUCUUUUGUAAACAACUGUGAUCUCUCGUAUAAUCAGUUCAGAUAAUUUGUUAUAAGAAAGAAAAAGCACUCAACACUUUUUCUCUCCGUCUUGUGAGCAGCAGUGAGAACAGGUGUAGUGAGGUCAGAGUGAUGUCACAGCGUCCUGGAGGUCCUUCAGGGGACGUUUCGUUGCCCUUUAAUAUUGUUUUCUAUCAGAAGUUAUUCUUAUAAAUAUGAAGAAUCAGUCUGCAGGAGCUCCAGCCGCUGUGAGUCUGAACACGCUGAAGUCUCACCUGAGUGAACUUUAAGCGUUUGGUGACGGACGUGUGUGCUCAUUAAAAUGUUUUCUUUUGGCGGGUCACCGAACGCCUCCUGUCCUUGUUACGCAGCGUACGUCUGUGACGGACUGUCGUGUAACGCCUCGAGCUACACGGCCGUUUUCAGAGGAAAGUGAUUUUUGCACUUGACACUUAAAGGGAAGCCAUGUUGUGUGUAACGAUGGAGAGAGGAGAUGAGACUGUACGGGAGUGAAACGUGUCUGUGCAGUUUGAACGUCUCGUCCUUCCUUUAAUGUUCGAUGUCGUCGUGGUUUCUUUAGAUUAUGAUUCUUGAUUCUGGUGCAUGAAGCAUGAAGUGAUGAUGUUGUUUCAUGUCUCCAUGUUUCUCUACAUGACGUGUUUCAGUUUGCACAGUGCGUAUCGACUGGAUAUAUUAAUCUGCUUGCAUGCGUUGACGUUGAAUGUUUUACUGUUUGGUGCCUCAAAUAUCAUGAAAUAAAAGCUGCUGUCUCAUCACU